AUGAGCGCAACACCGAGACAGCGGACUGGUGGCUUUCCACAAACACCAGCCCGACGACAGGAUCCCGACCCGAACUCCUCCGUUUCCUCCCAGAAGAGCAGUCAUCGCACAUCUUCGCUUCCUCAAGCCCCCGAGAGCGCGACUCGAAAUGGCCCUGCGACCGAGCCCGUCAUUCCUUUAACCAUCCUCGAUGCUCCGCAACAACGCUUCUAUGCCUUUGCCAUUUACGUCGGGCUGCUGGCAUGGCGAUUCUACGACUGGAUCAAGCUUGUGGAGGAUAAUGAUACAUCGGCAUGGCUAUUUCUGAAAUGGGUCUUUAUCGACUUUGGCUUUCUUUUUGGCCUCCCGGAGAUGAGGAUACCAUGGCUGGAGUUGUCGCAGCCUGUAGUCACGGCAAUCUUCCUCAUCCACGCCUUCUUCAACUUCAUGUUGAUGUUCAACAUUCCGCUCCCCUUGCAACCAUGGCUCAUUGGCUUCCUCAAGGUCUUCUACGACCGAGAGCUGGCUGUCUCUGAGAACACUGUCAAGGUUUCAAGCAUCCUGCAUAAUCAUUCCUUGAUCAUGGGCAGGCAGAUCAUCAACAUUUUGCCAGAAGGUUCUGCGGUACUCAACUUCGAGCAAACUCCCUUCUGCAUCGGCGAAGGGCGUGAAACUAUUCGACUACCCAUACAGUUCAACUCUACGGUGCCUGCUGAGAUGGAGCUCAUCCGCAUCGACCUUGAUACCAAUCUGGAAGAAACGAUCAAGCUGUCCACUAGGGAGGUUCGCAAAAUCGCAAAGCAGAUCAAGGACCAAACGGCGGAAUCAAACCCACUGGCUCACUCGAUCGAGUACCCAGUCAAGAAGACUGGUGUGUACCGCCUGGGCAAGGUUCUGGAUGAAUACAAGCUUGAGGUCCAACGCACAACGAGGGACACCUAUGUAGUGCCGUGCCCGAAGGCAGGUUUCCGGACGCCCGAUAAAGAGGACCGGUGCAUCAGGGACUUGUCCAACUUGCUUGUUGACGUCACCGGAACGCCGCCCCUGAAAAUUGUCUACAGUCGGACAGGAAAAGACAACGAUCGCAGCUUUCAUUUCCAGAGCUUGCAGCCUGAAGAUUAUACCUCGCCUUUACUUGGUACCCCAUCUUCUUCAUUGACUCAAAUUGGUGACGAAGAUAUCUCCUGGGUCAAGCCCCAUACGGUGGCCGUGCGCAUCAACGAGACGCUGGAUAGCCCAGGGCAGUGGCAGUACGCCGUGGACGAGGUUACGGAUGGCUUCGGCAACGUUCAGAAGUACGCUCCGUCUGUCGAAGAUGCGGAAGUGCGUCCCCGGCCUAAGCAUCUGGCACGCAACUUCUUCGUCAAGGAGCGGCCCAGAGCUCGCUUGCAGGAUUGUGACCUACGCAGACCGGUCAAGGUUGCCAAGGGCCAGAAGGCAAGACUUCCAGUCAGUUUCUCGAUAGCCGGGAAGAACCCGGAUACUUCGCAUACGUUGACUUGGGAGUUCUCACCCAUCGACUCUUUGACCAACAGCGGAGACCACGGCGAUCAGGUUUCCUUGGGUUCUUUUACCGCAGCCAACUCCCACGACAAGCCAUAUGUUUCGGAGCCUGGUCUCUACACACUCAAAUCUGUUUCUAGUGGCUCGUGCGAAGGCGAAGUGCAGGAGCCGUCAUCUUGCCUGUUGCUCAACCCACUCGAACCCCAGCUUGCUCUCCGUUCCGAAGAGAUCCCCGACAAAUGCGCAGGUAACUCAGUGGGACUCCGAGUUGACCUGGACUUCAUCGGAACGCCACCAUUCGUGGUUCGAUACGACGUCGUCGACGAGCAGGGCAAGACCCGACACGAGCGGGUAGAAGCAAAGGGUCUCAGACAACAAGUCGAACUGAGACCCACUGCAGCUGGUCAUCACAAGUACAUCUUCAAGCAGAUUGAUGAUGCUAUCUAUAAGGGUCAGCCUCUCAGCCCCGAAAUGACGUUGGAAACGGACGUGAAGCCAGCCGCGUCUGCACACAUUUCGCACCCGACCGGACUCAAGAGCGCUUGUCUCGAACAGGAAGUUGAAGUCGACAUCCUCCUUCUCGGUGACGCCCCGUUUACGCUCGAAUGGGAGCUGGUGCACGAUGGAAAACGUAAAUCUGAGCGUGUCACCGACAUCGAGGGGUCAUCGUACAAGAUUAAGACUAAGCCUCUUGCGAAGGGCGGAGAGUACACACUCGCUCUCAACAGCGUCCAGGAUAAGUCUGGCUGUCGCACGUUCCUGAAGGAUGAGCUCAAGAUCUCGGUUAGGCGCCAGCGGCCCCGCGCAGCAUUUGGCUUGCUCGAGAACAAGCGCAUCACCAAGGUUAUCGAACACGCCGAUGUCAAGCUGCCUUUGCGACUUCAGGGCGAAGGACCUUGGACUGUUUCUUACCGCAAUGUUGAUGGAAGUGAUGAGAUCUACGAAAAGACGUUGAGGAACGGCAACGAUGUCCUUCCUGUCAGGUCCCGAGGCACGUACGAGAUCGUCAACGUGAAAGACAACCAGUGUCCUGGUGUUGUGGACCCUCAGGCUUCCAAGUUCGAGGUCGACUGGUACCCUCGCCCAGAGAUCACCGUGGUACCGUCUGACACAAUCACGUUGGGUCAGGGUAAAUACGUCAAACGUGAUGUUUGUGAGGGGGAUAUCGACGCUUUUGAGGUCAACCUGAAGGGCUCGGCUCCAUUCCAUGUUGAUUACAAUAUUCAGCACAAACCUCCCCAGGGCUAUGCCUCGACCAACAAGAGGGAUUUCGACACGUCUCUCAACAAAGCGUCCAUUCCUAUGGAUACCUCCAAAUCUGGAGAGUACACGUACCAGUUCUCCGCCCUCGCAGAUAAUCUCUACAACAGCGAGAAGAACUCUCGGUCACUCGUCAUCGACCAAAGGGUCAACGCCAAGCCAUCUGCUGCCUUCGUCAAGCCCGGUCAAUCGUUCAAGUACUGCAAGACCGAGCAAGACAAGGAAGACACCAUUCCUAUCACCCUGAACGGUGUUGCUCCAUUCUACAUUGAGAUCGAAAUCAAGCAUCACAGUGGCACCGUCCCCGAAACAUAUAGAAUUCCUUCGAUCCAAGGUAACACGUACGGCAUUCACAUUCCCAGGCAGCAUUUACGUCUUGGAAUUCAGCAUGUCCGCAUCCGCGAGGUUAGAGACGCUCGCGGAUGCCAAAAGAAGUACGAGAUCGGUGCGCCAUCUGUGCAAGUUCAUCUCCAUGACGCUCCCGCUAUCUACCCUCUGGAGAGCCGAGGAGACUACUGCGUCGGUGAACGCAUUGCUUAUACGCUUUCCGGCACGCCUCCUUUUGAGAUUUGGUACGAUUUCCAGGGCCAGCAACGCAAGGCUAAGUCUAGCACAACCAACUUCCGUCGUAUCGCCGAGUCACCUGGCGAAUUUACCAUCACCUCUAUCUCUGAUAAGGCCUCGGAGUGCCGCGCCUCUGUCGACAUUACCAAGACUAUUCACCCUCUGCCCGCUGUCAAGAUCAGCAGGGGCCGACAGACUCGGGUGGAUAUCCAUGAAGGCAACGAAGUGGAGAUCCUCUUUGAGUUCUGGGGCACUCCGCCGUACGAAUUCACAUACACUCGCAGCUCCAAUGCCCGUAAGGGCCAGAAGAGCGUGGUCCUCGAGACACGCCAUGACGUCUCUUACGAAAGCAGCAAGAUCAUCCGCGCGAGCCAAGAAGGUACAUACGAGGUGGUCGCGAUCAAGGACAAGUUCUGCGCCUUCUCUACCCAGCAGGUUGCCGACAGCGGCAAAGAGCAAAAGCUGCUCAAAUACUAG